AUGGCGAACCCCACCACAACCACCCCCGCCGUCGCCGUCGACGUAGACCCCGAGUACAACGAUGAUUCGGACUCGACGCGCGGUACGAUCGACGACCAGCUCUCGUCAUUCACAGCCUCGGUUACCUCCAGCGUGACCAACUACCCGGUCCAGCACGGCCGCCGCUAUCAUGCCUACAAGGACGGCGCAUACAUCCUACCAAAUGACGACCGCGAGCAAGACCGCCUCGACAUGACGCACGCCAUGGCCACCACCCUCAUUGGCGAUAAGCUGUUCCUCGCCCCGCUGCCGGACGACUUUGCGGGCCGCGUGUUGGACGCUGGGUGCGGGACUGGGAUAUGGGCCAUCGCUAUGGGAGACACAUUUCCGGACGCCGACAUCCGUGGUGUAGACCUGAGUCCGAUACAGCCGUCUUGGGUCCCCCCGAACGUCCAAUUCCAAGUCGACGACAUCGAGCGCGACUGGGCCUACGGCGAGCACUUCGACUUCAUCUUCACGCGCUACCUCAUGUCCUCCAUCAGCGACUGGCCGCGGCUGGUGCGCAACGCCUACGCCAACCUCAAGCCCGGCGGCUGGGCCGAGUUCCAGGACUACGACGCCGUCAUCUACUCGGACGACGGCUCCUUCAAACCCGAACACGCCUUCCACACCUGGAGCACCACCUUCAACGCCGCCGCCCAGUCCUGGGGCCGCGACCCCUCGCCUGGCCCCAAGCUCGAGCAAUGGGUAAAGGAUGCGGGGUUCGUGAAUGUGCGGCACGAGGUGUUUAAGCUGCCGAUUGGCGGAUGGCCGAAGGAUAAGAGGAAGAAAGAGGCGGGGUUGUUCAAUUUGAUUCAGGUCUUGGAUGGGUUGGAGGGAUUUACGAUGAGGUUGUUUACGGACUUUCUCGGGUGGAAGGAGGAAGAGGUGAAGGUUUUUGUGGCGAAGGCGAGGGAUAAUUUGAAAGAUAGGAAGAUCCACAUGAUGUAUGAUUAUCAUGUGGUUUGGGGACAGAAGCCCGAGAGCAAAUGA